GUGAUCCUAUUCGGCUCGAAGCUCCUACCAACAGCAAAGAUGCAGUCUCUAUCUUAUCUUUCUCGAUACAACGAUGACCCUGUGUUCGGAGCAAACUGGACCACCCGGCUGAUAGAACGCUCUAUUCGCUCUCUGAGCUCCGCCACGCAGUCAUGGACAGCAGCAGCAGCAACUGCUCCUGCUCGAUCCGUCUCCUGCAGAUCAUGACCGAGUGCCGGAACCUGCAACCGGUCGUGGAGCUCGCCACCAUCCUAGACCUGGUCCACCAGGUCGUCACCCACGGGAAAGCGAUGGUCAAGUGCAAGGGCUGCCGCAGUAGCCCGCACUCGUCCUUUGCGAUGCUGCCCGCGCUGGCCGAGCAGUGCCUGACCCUCCUCGAGGCCGGCAGUCUGGCCUACAGCAUCACGAGUACCAGCGGCAGCACGCUCCUCGACCCCACGGUGCUGGCGUUCGAGCAGCCGCUGUCGCAGUACAUCUGUCUGCGCAGCCCGUCGCAGCUGGGCCGCAUGGAGCUCGAUGAGAAGGAAGCCACACUCUUGGUCCGGACGCUGAUCGGCCGCAACGCCAAGCAGUUCCUGGGUCUGCUGGAGAGUCUGCAGAAGCUGCUCCAGUCCCUGGGGAAGGACACUGAGCCGGCCUUGCCGCCAAUGGGUCAUGCCGUGCUGCACCCCUGCGAGUCGGUGGUCGAAACCACGCUUCGCCGCUUUGUGGUCUUCCUAGAACAGAUCAAGUUCGAGGUAGUGAGCUUGAUCUAG